AUGAAGCUGAAAUCUGGGUGUUUUCUGCAGCAUCUGCAUUUCAGUGAAGGGUACUGCUUGUUGUCAGUAAGAAAUAUUGCAGCACUGGCAGAGUAUUCCCAGCUCCUGGAUGCUCAUGGAAAGAACUACCUGAACAUUCUGCAGUUUCAUUGCUUUCUCUGUUAUGUGACCGACGUGAAUAAGGACCAGAUCAUGCUGCUCUUCAACUUCCUGGACCGAAAUAGGAUGGGGAGGAUUUGCUUUACUGAGUUCCACAUGAUGGCAUGCAUCCUCCUGCCCUAUGAGAACCACCUUGAAAAGCAGCUCAUCUACCGCCACCCGGGACCUGCCUUUCAACCGCGGGACGUAAAUGGGGACAAUAUGACUAACUUUAACAAGUUUGAAGCCACAAGGUUUCUCUUCAACAUCCAGAAAGAAUAACUUAAGCAGAUAUUCAAAGAUUUUGAUAUUUCUGGAGAUGAGCAGCCACUGAACUACAGGGAAUUCAAGACGUUUGCAGUCUUCUGUAUCAACAAACAACAAAACGAGGAAGGGGCUCAUGAGCAGGCUCCCAGCAGGAUCAGCGAGCUCCUCACAGCCUGA